AUGGUGUUAAGGUUAGUAUUAGGUGAGCAGGUAGUGACAGUGGUAUGCGCAUAUGCACCGCAUGUGGGACUAGGAGACCAAGUGAAAAGAGAGUUCUGGGAUUGUCUAGAUGUAGUAGUAAGGGCCAUACCUAGGGAGGAGAAAAUUUUUAUAGGAGGAGAUUUUAAUGGACACAUUGGUAAGGAAAGUGAUGGCUUUGAGUUGGUGCAUGGGGGUUUUGGUUUUGGUGAUAGGAAUGACCCUGGCAGAGACCUUCUAGACUUUGCGACAGCUCACGGUCUAGGUAUUAUAAACUCGUUCUUUAGGAAGAGAGAAUCUCAUUUGAUCACUUUUAGUAGCGGAGGACAUAACAUGCAAAUCGACAAUCUUUUGAUGAGGCAGGAAGAUCGACGGAUGUGGAUGGACUGCAAGGUUAUACCAGGGGAGACUUCAGCGGCUCAACAUCAUUUGCUAGUAGCAGAUAUAGCCCUAAAAGUAAGGCUAACUGAUGGGGAGAGGAAAACCAGACCUAGGAUCCGUUGGGGAAACUUGAAGGGAGAAAAAAGUAUGAUGUUUAGAGAUAAAAUUAACUCAAUGACAUCGAUGCAACUAGGUGACGACGCAAACCGGAUGUGGGAGGCUAUGGCGACUACGAUCACUACAGUGGCGAAUGAGACGCUAGGGGUCACAACAGGAAAGACUGGUGGUCAUAAGGAGUCCUGGUGGUGGAAUGAAGACGUGCAUACCAAAAUAAAGGAUAAGCAACAGAGUUUUAGAGAUCUUUUGAGGUGCACAGAUGAGGAGGAGCGGCUGAGGGUAAGGGAGAUAUACAAGAAGGCAAAAAGGGAAGCGAAAAAGGCGGUGACCGAUGCAAAAAACACAGCCUAUAAACAAAUGUACGAACGUUUGGAAAGGAAAGAGGGGGAGCAUGAUAUAUUCAAGAUUUCUAAAGCUAGGGAGCGAAGAAGACAAGAUCUAGGAGUAGUAAAGUUUAUCAAAGGAGAGGAUGGACGUGUUUUAGUCAAGGCACAUGACAUUAAGUUGAGAUGGCAAACCUACUUCCAUAAUCUUUUCAACCAUGGAAGGGCAUACCAACAAGAUAGCAGCAAUCCCAGGAUUCAAAGGCGACAACAGAAUAAUUGCUACUGCAGGAGGAUCACACAUGACGAGGUGACGAUGGCACUUAAGAAGAUGGGAAGAGGAAAAGCAGUGGGUUUGGACAACAUACUGAUUGAAGUAUGGAAGUGUUUGGGGGAAGAAGGAGUCCGAUGGUUAACACUUUUGUUCAAUUGUAUUUUCAAGACUGGAAAAAUGCCAGAUCAGUGGAGGAGUAGUGUCGUGGUGCCUUUAUACAAGAAUAAAGGAGACGCUCAAUGUUGUGGGAACUACAGAGGAAUCAAACUGCUAAGUCACACUAUGAAGCUCUGGGAGAGGGUAAUUGAAACUAGAAUUAGAAGAGAAACUCAGGUUUUAGUAAAUCAAUUUGGAUUCAUGAAAGGGAGCUCAACUACAGAAGCGAUACAUAUUCUAAGGAGGUUGAUGGAAAAAUAUAGAGCAAAGAAGCAAGAUUUACAUAUGGUGUUUAUCGACCUGGAAAAGGCAUAUGACACUGUCCCACGACAACUGAUUUGGGAUACUUUGGAGGGUCGCGGGCUAUCGGGGAAAUAUAUAGACAUAAUUAAGGAUACAUACGAUAGAACGGAAACUAGUGUCCGCGCGCCUGUAGGAGAUACAAACUUCUUUCCUGUGGAGAAGACAGUUCCAUGGUGCAUGCUUUUUGCAGACGAUAUUGUGUUGAUUGCAGAGACUAAACAGUGCCUGAACGCGAGGGUAGAGGAGUGGCGAGCAGCCUUAGAGGGCAAGGGCCUAAGGAUUAGUCGAUCUAAGACUGAGUAUCUACAUUGUGAUUUCAGUGGUAGAGCCGAUGAUGAUGACACCCAAAUCACCAUUGAGGAUCAACUGGUCCCGCAUGUAACUAGAUUUAAGUAUCUGGGGUCGUUUGUACAAAGAGAUGGUGACAUAGAUAGUGAUGGUAGCAGUCAGGCCCGUUAUGCUACAUGGAACAGACUGUUGGGCUAUCAAGAAGACACAAGCGCGCAAGAUGGAGGUAGCAGAGAUGAGGAUGUUGCGGUGGAUGUGUGCACACACGAGGUUAGAUCGGAUAAGAAAUGA